UUUUAGAUAUAGAAAGAAAUCGGAAUGGCAAAACCGUUGAAGGGAAUCAAGAAAGAAAACUUGAGGAAAUGGGAAUGAAUGAGUUGGAAGAAGAAGUACCAAGUCUGUGUGGUGUUUGCCCCUCGUCGAGCGCACACGAGUCGCCUUUGUGCCUCAAAGGCAGUCCGUGUGCGCUCGUUGUCGAGAGACUGCCACAAGGUCACGAUGAAGAAAUCGAUAUGUUAGAAACAUCGGUUGGAGAAGAUCAACUUCAUGAUGAUCAAUGUGAUAAGAAAUCGAUUCCAAAAGUUGGAAUUGAAGAUGGGAAUGAAAAACUUAUUCAUUCUUGUUAUCAUCAUCAUCAUCAUCAUCAUCAUCAUCAGAAAGCCCAUCAAAAUCUUACAAGUGAAUUAAGUGAAUUAGAUGAUUGUUAAGGUUUGAUAAGGGUGUUGUGUAAUCAAUCUAUUUCUAUAGAAAUUAAUCGUUUAUAGUAUCUUCUUAAUUCUCUUUGUUCUUGUUCUUAUUGUGAUGAUGUUUGUUUUGUUUUGUUUUGAACAAUGGGACUUUGAUUUGGUUUGAUUGUUUUAUUUUUUUUCUCUAAAAACUCUUUGAAAUAUUAUUGUUAUUGUGUUAAUUUUGUUUUGUAUGAGUGGUUUAUUUAGGGUUUAUUUUACAACAGUUGUUCUUUAGAGAAGUAGUUUGUUUCAUAUGAGAAAGAUUAAAGUAGGGAUAAGAAACAGUACAUUGGGUUAAUUAG